AUGCUCAUGCAACCCACCGCGCCGAAACCCAAUUUGUUCAUUCAGUGUGCUACCCUUGAGCCCCUUCGUGUCAAGUAUGGUAGUGAAGCGACUGGCAUAGUUUGUGCCUGCAUUUCAUGGACAUGGGCAAGAAUAAAGGGAUGGCAUCUGGUGCCAUGGGGAAGGGUUUGGAAUUGGCUGUUGGAUGGCUGUUGUGCCUUUGACUGGAGUGCCCAUGAGUGGUGGUUGACGUUAGUGCCCGUGAGUGAUCGAUCGCCCUGGACUGGUGACGGUCUGGUGGACGGGAUGGGCAUCCGGCGAUUCCUUGUGUGCUUUUAA